AUGAACGGUGAAAAUGGUGAGGACAAUUGGUUAACCAGUUGGGAACAACAGUGCUCGGAUUCUCUGGAAGAACAACCAAAUUUCGAACAGAAUCUGAUAUCAGAAACAAAUAAUUACCAAACUAGAUUAUGGUCUUCCUUCCAAGAUUCAGCAUCGGCCGUGGCACAACUUUAUCGAGAUAGGUAUUCUGGAGAGCCAGCAGCUAUAUGGUUACAAUUUCAGACAGCGGCAGGAACAGUAACAUCUUUAUAUAGAGAUUCAAGUGAAAGUCUGAGAAAAACAAAUGAACUAGCAAAACAAAGUGGUUACCAGAAGAGGAAUAUUGAAAUAUUUAACUGGGCCAAAAGAAAAAGGCGUUUGAUAAGAAGAGAAGAUUUGUUGGCAUACCUCUCAGGGAAACAUCCUCCACCUCCCAGUAGGCAAAGUCAUAAUCAUCAUUCUCAUCACAGAUUGUCUCCGAGACCGCGCAACAUAUCUCCGCCGCCAAACGUUGCAGCUACAGACAUGGUUGAUCCUAAUCUACGCACCUUUCGGGAGGCCUUAGUCACUUCUCCCCUGUGUGCCUUCAUAACUGGAGAGAUGGCGCGCCACACCAAGAGGCCCGCGAGUCCCUCCGACGUCACAAUGGGAAGCCCUACGCAACACAAGCGACCUCGGUAUAUGUGA